ACACGGCCAUGAGGGAUAACCGGAAACGUCAUAGAUUACCAUACAGCGCUGGUGGUACGGAUCGGUACCGUAUCGACCCACCUCCCUGCAACCAGUCCGAGCCAGAGCCGAGGCCCGCCGACGGUCGCCAGCCUCUCCCCAGCUGCCAAUAACCAAAGAGGCAUAAAAAUUUGACCGACAGCUAAAAUCAUUGAAUUAGGUCGCGAGCACGCAGACCCGCAACCCGCAGGGUCCAGAAAUCGAACUAUCCUUCCGCUUAUCGGUAAAAUUAUUUGCGACACUGCGAUAGAGUGCAUCGUGCUGGAUAUCGAUCCCAGACAUCCAAAAUGGGCGCGGUAAGAAGGAUCAAGACGAAGCGGAUGACGAGGGGCUAUGACCAGGUCCGCGCAGACCUUGACUCGUCCAAGCACCUCCGACAAUACAAGGCCACGAAAGAUGCGGAAGAUCUACCUGGUCUAGGAAAGCACUACUGUGUUGAGUGCGCCAAAUGGUUUGAGAGCGAAUACAAUCUCAAGGCGCAUACGAAAGGCAAAAACCACAAGAGAAGGGUGCGAAUUCUGCGCGAGGAAACAUAUACCCAGAAGGAUGCUGAAGCAGCCGUGGGAUUGGGAGUUGAUAAUGGCAUUCGUUCCCAGGGACUAGCAUCGUCCAUGGACAUGGACGAUUCCAACCAGAGCUGAAGCACAAUAACAUGGUGAAGGAGCAUAUCCGUCGUGGUCCAUUAUCACGGGCCCUCAAAAAAAAAUAGUUUUCAACGGGGAUGAUCGCCAAAAUUAGACGCAACAAUCUUCCGAGCCCAACUCCCAAGCCAUAGUCUAUUCUCGGCGACGGCACAUCAGACCCUAUUGGGAAGGACACGAUUGGCCAUACUCAGAAAAGGGAUUACGGAUGGAAGAAAACUGAGGUUACCCGCUGUAACUACCGAUUUCAGGCGCAUUGUGCAGGG